GUUGCUUACCACAUUUUACGUGAUGACUUUCUCUCAACUGUUAGAUUCAUUUUUCCGACUAUAGCUCAACUGAAGUCACGAUGAAAACGAGAUUCAAUACGGUGGAUAUUAGGGCGGUUAUUGCCGAGAUCAAUGCCAACUACAUUGGCAUGAGAGUAAACAACGUCUACGAUAUCGACAAUAAGACUUAUCUCAUCCGCUUACAAAAGCCUGACACCAAAGCUGUUCUUCUGGUUGAGUCUGGGAUUCGUAUUCACUCCACGGACUUUGAAUGGCCCAAGAAUUUAAUGCCUUCGGGCUUUGCCAUGAAAUGUCGAAAACAUCUGAAGACCAGGCGGUUGGCACACGUGAAGCAGCUUGGGGUUGACAGGAUUGUUGACUUCCAGUUUGGCACAGAUGAGGCUGCCUACCAUCUGAUAGUUGAGCUUUAUGACAGGGGAAACAUCAUUCUUGCUGAUCAUGAGUACACCAUUCUCAAUCUACUGCGGUUUCGCACGGUCGAUGCAGAGGAUGUUAAGAUUGCUGUGAGAGAGCGGUAUCCUGUGGAGAAUGCACGACCCCCUGAACCUCUCAUCAGUCUGGAGAGACUCACUGAAGUGCUCUCCAAACCAUCAAAUGGACAGCAAGUAAAAAGAGUCCUUAACCCCCAUCUUCCAUAUGGCGCCACCUUGAUAGAACACUGUUUGAUGGAAGUCGGACUUUCGGGCUCUAUCAAAGUUGACAGCCAAGAAGAUGCUGCCCAAACGGCACCAAAAAUCCUGGAAGCCCUACAGAUGGCAGAAAUGUAUAUGGAGAAAACUGAAAGCUUCAUUGGAAAAGGAUACAUCAUUCAAAAGAGUGAGAAGAAGCCGAGCUUAACUCCAGAUAAACCUAAUGAGGAACUGCUCACGUAUGAAGAGUUCCAUCCAUUCCUCUUUGCCCAGUAUGCAAAGAGUCCCUAUGUUGAGUUUGAUUCAUUUGAUAAGGCGGUGGAUGAGUUUUAUUCUAAGAUGGAAAGCCAGAGGAUUGACAUGAAAGCCUUGCAGCAGGAGAAACAGGCCCUGAAGAAACUGGACAAUGUUAAGAGGGAUCAUGAACAGAGGCUUGAUGCUCUGCACCAAGCACAGGAGAUUGACAGAGUAAAAGGUGAACUGGUAGAGAUGAACCUGCCAGUGGUGGAGAGGGCAUUACAGGUAGUCCGCAGUGCUCUAGCCAACCAGGUGGACUGGACUGAGAUUGGGUUGAUUGUCAAGGAAGCACAGGCUGCAGGAGACCAAGUGGCUUGUGCUAUCAAGGAGCUGAAGCUGCAGACCAACCAUAUAACUAUGCUGCUGAAAAACCCCUACAUUUCAGAAGAUGACCAAGAAGAGGAAGAGCAGGAGGAGGUGGUUGAGGAGAAGGUGCAGAAAGGGAAAAAGAACAAAGACAAAGGACAGAAAAGCAAGCUGCAGAAGAACAAGCCCAUGUUGGUGGAUGUGGAUCUCAGCCUGUCAGCCUAUGCCAAUGCCAAGAAGUAUUAUGAUCACAAACGGACUGCUGCAAAGAAGGAACAGAAAACAGUUGAGGCAGCACAGAAAGCUUUCAAAUCUGCAGAGAAAAAGACAAAGCAAACAAUAAAACAGGUUCAGACCGUAACCACCAUUCAGAAGGCCAGAAAAGUCUACUGGUUUGAGAAGUUCUUGUGGUUCAUAAGCUCAGAAAAUUAUCUCGUCAUUGCAGGAAGGGACCAGCAACAGAACGAGAUGAUUGUCAAAAGGUACCUCAGGGCCGGGGAUAUUUAUAUUCAUGCUGAUCUCCAUGGAGCAACUAGCUGUGUCAUCAAAAACCCCUCAGGUGACCCUAUCCCUCCCCGUACCCUGACAGAAGCUGGGACUAUGGCUGUGUGCUACAGUGCUGCCUGGGAUGCCAAGAUAAUCACCAGUGCAUGGUGGGUCCACCAUCAUCAGGUGUCCAAGACUGCUCCUACUGGAGAGUAUCUGACCACUGGAAGCUUCACGAUCAGAGGAAAGAAAAACUUUCUACCACCUUCCUACUUGAUGAUGGGCUUUAGCUUCCUCUUCAAGGUCGAUGAGCAGAGUGUGUUCCGUCAUCGAGGAGAGAGGAAAGUCAAGACUAUCGAAGAGGACAUGGAAGAGGUCACCUCUAGCACAGCUGAGCUGCUAGAGGAGGGGGAGGAGCUGAUAGGUGAUGACAGCAGUAAUGAAGGAGAAGAUGAAGAGAUAGGAGGAGGGGACUUUGAAAAGAACGCAGAGGGAGAGGAUGACAUGGGCAAGGAAGAAAAUGGAAACGAGACUGCAGAUGAGGAUGAAGGAGCAAGCAAAGAACUGGCCGCUACUCCUGAGGAGUCCACAGUAGACAUGGAGAAGAUAGCAUCAGAGCAGAUAGCCAUGAAAGAGGAAGGAGAGGACUACAGGGAGGAAGAGGGAGAUGCAGAAAUGGAGGUGAAGAGUGAUGGGGAAAGUGAGAUCAGUUUCCCAGAUACCACCAUCUCUCUCUCUCAUUUACAGUCCAGCAGGGGUAUUCAAAAUGCAGUGUUCAAAAAGGAAGUAACCAGUAACCAGGGUGAUGCAGACACACAGGGGAGAAAACACAUGACAGCCAAACAGAGAAGAGAGAAGAAGAAGCAGAAACAGGAAGGUGCUACACCUCAGACUGAAGAAGAGAAGACAGAGGGCUCACAUAUUGGUCCUGCAACCAAUCAAGGAGCCAAGAGUGGCAAGGAAGCUUCCCAGCAACAACUGAAGCGAGGUCAAAAGAACAAGCUGAAGAAGAUCAAGGAAAAGUACAAGGACCAGGAUGAAGAAGACCGGGAGCUGAUGAUGAAGCUGCUAGGGUCGGCUGGUUCUAAUGAGGACAAGGACAAGGGGAAGAAAGGGAAGAAGGGGAAAGGGAAAGAUGAACCUGUCAGGAAAGCGCCUCAGAAACCCCGUAGUGUGGAGACUGCAGUGAAGAAACCAGAGAGGACAGGAGAGGGAGCGGAAGUUGGACAGCCUGGAGCAGAGACGGGUACCACUGAACAAGAGGACAAGGAAGAUGAUGUGGACCAAGACAACCCUGGAGCAGAGGAAGCAGAAAAUCUACUGCUUUCUCUGACAGGCCAGCCUCACCCUGAAGAUGUUCUAUUGUUUGCUGUGCCAGUCUGUGCUCCCUACACAGCCCUUUCCAACUACAAGCAUAAGGUGAAAUUAACACCAGGGACUCAAAAGAAAGGAAAAGCUGCCCGCACUGCAGUUUUCAGUUUUAUGAAAGCCAAAGAGGCCUCAGUCAGAGAAAAAGACCUGUUUCGGAGUGUCAAGGAUACUGACCUAUCUAGAAACAUGCCAGGCAAAGUUAAAGUCUCUGCUCCAAACCUGCUGGCAGCCAAGAAGAAAUAAGAAAACUCAAGAAAGAAGUGUGGGACAUUAAUCAUUGAGUUUGAAGCAAUCUGGGGGUGGGAGGUUGAUUUUUAUUGUAGCAGCCUUUAUUUAAUAAGGAAUAUGUUGCAACACAACAACAAAGUAAAUUUGUA